AAGAGGGAGAUGUAUCUAACUUCAGCUGACAACAAGAUUGUGGAAAAGUUAUAGAGAAGGAAACUUCACUGUGAGGAUCGUCCCUGAGGAAAGAAAACAAGUCUGCUUUCAGCCAUUCUGCAAUAACAGGUGAACAGGAAAUGCCAAGGUCUUUCUUAGUGAAGAGUAAGAAGGCACACUCUUAUCACCAGUACCGAGUUGUGGAUGACGGUCUCCUGGUGCCGAAAUGGGACCCAGCAACAGUUGUGCCCUCCACUGCAGUUAUUCACGGCCACAACAUCCCCAAGGAGAGCGAGGCCCUCAGCACUGGUUGCCCACAAUGCCCUGCUCCAAAAGAUGGAAAUGGGCCCAAAGGAGUCAAAGAAGAGUAUGUCCUCCCUACCCACAGUAUGACCAGAACAGGGUCAGGGCCUCCAAUAUCAGAGAUGCCUGUCCAAGCUCUGAAAUCCAAAGACAGUGGCUCAGUUGAAAGUGUGGCCACCUUUUACAAGCCCAAUUUUGCUUGGAGUGCCUUCCGUCCUCCAUACAGCUACAGGCCAAUCUCUUCUACCCUUCUGGAACAUUCCGUUAGCCUGUAUGAGAGCCACCUCCUCCCAGCCUCAGAGCCACCCCUUGACUACAGCCUGAGAUUCUCACCGGACAUGGAGACAUACCACUGUGUGAUCUGUAGCAAGAUAUUUUCUACCCCCCAUGGUCUGGAGGUCCAUGUCCGACGAUCCCACAGCGGCACACGACCCUUUGCUUGUGACAUCUGCGGCAAAACGUUUGGGCACGCUGUGAGUCUGGAGCAACACGCCAACAUUCACUCUCAGGAGAAAAGCUUUGCAUGCAAAAUGUGUGGGAAGACUUUCAAACGCUCUUCCACCCUCUCCACCCACUUGCUGAUCCACUCAGACACAAGGCCGUACCCCUGCCAGUACUGUGGGAAACGCUUCCACCAGAAGUCAGACAUGAAAAAGCACACCUACAUCCACACAGGGGAGAAGCCACACAAAUGCCAGGUCUGUGGCAAAGCCUUCAGCCAGAGCUCCAACCUCAUUACGCACAGCCGCAAGCACACUGGGUUCAAGCCGUUUAGCUGUGAGCUCUGCGGCAAGGGCUUCCAGCGCAAGGUGGAUCUGCGGCGACACCGGGAGAGUCAGCAUAGCCUCAAGUGAGGAGGAGAGCAGCCUUCUGAGUUCAGCUAAGGGGAGAUGGUUGGCAUCAGGAGAGAUCCUUGUGGAGAGAGGAGAGUGAGCCCAAGAUGAAUUUCCUCCUGUCCUCCUGGACUACAUCAAGAGAGAGAGAGAAUGAAGGAGCACAAGGAAGAGCAGCAUUGUUCUCCUCCAGAGAGCCCAUUGCUUAGGCUCAGUUUUCCCCACCUGUAGAUUUUCUUCUCCUUCAAGGGAGGCUAGUCAAUGGAGACAGAACUGAGCUAGGCAGCUCAACAGCCUGACUUGGUUUGAGGCCCCCUCUGCACUGUACAUUUAAAGCUGUCUCAUACCACAGCUUCUAGGAAACUGUCAUUUGCUAAGGAGGUUGAGAGUAAUUUUGAGACUCCCCAUUCCUUUCACAGAACUACAAUUCCCAGAGUUCCCCUGGAAGGCAGAUGAGCUGUUAAAGCACUCUGGGAAUUCUCCCCCCCCCCAAAGAAUCCUGGAAAGUGUGGUUUGGUAAGGGUGCAUAGUAGUUAGGAGGCUCCCCUAUUCCCUCAACAGAGCAACAAUUCCCAAAGUUAAGAGGGAUUGGUUGCUCAACCAUUCUGGAAACUGUAGCUCUGGGAAGGGAAAAUGGAUCUCUUACACCCUUAACAAGCUACAGUUCCCAUAAUUUCUUUGGAGAGGCUAUGAAAGUUGAAAGCUGUAUGAAACAGCUUUAAAUGUACAGUGCAAAUGGAGCCUAAGUCUGUUCCAUAUAAUCUGCCUGCAAAACAAGUUUUCUGUCACUGAGCUAAGGCCCUUCUGGGAUAUUUUUUUUAAUCUGCUGAACUGUCAUGGCUUCCUCCAAAGAAUGCUAGGAAAUGUAGGUUACUGAGAGUAGGACAUUUUCUACUAGUCUUCCCCAACACGACUACAGUGCCCAUGAUGCCCUAGGGAGAAGGAACAACAUCUAAAACCACUUUAAGCAUGGAACACUGGUAUGCUGCAUAAAGAAGAUUUGCAAAGAAGAAGAAGAGCAUAAUGGCUAAGCUUGAGCCCCACCCUGUUGCCCCCCCCCCUGGCAAAACCUCAUCUGCCUUCUCAGAGAACACUGUCAAUAUGUAUUUUUGCUUAUCUUAUUGUAUAUACUGUUCUGAAUGAAUCAUGCAUUAGAUUCUCUCUGCCACCCCUGGUGUUUUUUAGCAAAGAUGCCUUGCACAGCACCUAUGAACACACUGUUACUGGAGCACAAACCUUAGCGUUGAGGUUCUCUGCUCUCUGUUUUGGAGUAUUCAGACACCCCCAACUCCCCAUGUCACUAAUAUAAUUAUCAUGUGUUUAUUUGUACUCCACUUUCCCACAAAAUUGUGCCCAAGGUAGAUCACAACAUACCAACUGAACAAGUAUAAAAAUUCAAAAUAUAUAUAUUAGAAACAACCUAUGAGAUCGUCUUAUCACGUGUCCACUUGAAUGCUUCGAUCAGUGGAAUUGCCACUAUUACAGGUGCCACAUGAUACCCAUUCCACAUUUCUAAUAAAUCUUUUACUCUGGAAGCACCUAUGCUUCGGAGCUCUGCCUAUUGAUACCAGGCAAGCACCUGCACUGUACUCUCUUUUGGCACCUGUGAGAAACGAUGUUUAGACAAGUCCACCUGGAUGUUUAGAAAUAUGAUGCGAGAUUUAAUCUGUUUUUAGUCGAUUGUUAUUUUAACCUUUUGAGUGUCUUAAAUUAUUUUCUUAGUGAUAAUUCUAUUGUUUUAUCCGUUUUUGUAAACUGCUUUGAGGUUGUUGUUGUUUUUAUAAGUGGUGUAUAAACUUUAUGAACUAAAUACGUAUCAAU